GUGAAAUUUCUAUGGAGAAAGUGAAGGUGAAGCGAUAUGUGUCGGGUAAGCGUCCAGACUAUGCCCCGAUGGAGUCCUCCGAUGAAGAAGAGGAGGAUUUCCAGUUUGUUAAGAAGGGUAAAGAGGCUGAACCAGAGAUGGAAAUUGAAGUGGAGGAAAAAUCUGAUCCUCGUCUUCGACGUCUCCUGAAUCGAGAGACCGAAGAUGUUGAAGAGAGGCUUGCGAGACACAGGCAGAUAGCAGA